UUUAAAUAAAGAGGCCCACAGCCCACUGAGUUAAAAACCUUCGUCUUUCUUUCACCGGUAACCAGAAGCUUCUUCUUCUUUCUGUCCCUAGGGUUUUCUGGAUUUGUACAGCUUCACUACUUUACGAUUCUCAACCCCAAUUCCUGCGAAGAAUUCAGAGCAAUGCCUCGGUAUUAUUGUGACUACUGUGACACUUAUUUGACCCACGAUUCGCCUUCAGUCAGAAAGCAACACAAUGCUGGUUAUAAACACAAGGCAAACGUGAGGUUGUACUAUCAGAAAUUUGAGGAGCAACAAACCCAAAGUUUGGUUGACCAAAGAAUCAAGGAGCACCUUGGCCAGCACCUUGGCCAAGCUGCAGCUUACGGGCAAGUUGGUGCAGCUUACAAUCAACAUUUAAUGGCUCAGCGGCCCCGUCUUCCUGUUCUACCAACACCUGGUAUGCCACAAAUGCCUGGAGGUGCACAAAUGGUCCCAGGGAUGAGGCCUCCAGUUUUGCCAAGACCUAUGCCUGGAGCUCCAGGCGGAUAUGGCUCUGCUCCACCCAUGAUGCCAAUGAUGGCUCCACCUGGUGCUCCUGGAAUGCCUGGUCAAUUAAAUGUUCCGAUGAGGCCUCCCACUAUGAAUCCUCCACCAACAGUUCCUGGCAGCACAGCACCAAAUGCUUCUAUUGGUGUUCCUUCUAUGGCUCCACCUCCAAUGUAUCAAUCCAAUCAAACGCCACCAACAAGUGGAGGCUAUGAUGGUUUUAAUCCCAAUACCCAACCUCCUGAUUCUAGUCAGUAAUGUGGUCAAAUUGGCAAUCACUUGAAAACCAGGGAAUAUCACUGAUGUUGCAGCACCUUCGUUCAAGAAGUCUGCUGGCAUAAUUUGGUAUAAUGUGCAUUCAUCAUGUGAUGUGAACCAGGAGCUUGUCAUUUGUUGUUAAAGGUGGAAAUUGUGGAAUUGUGAGAGGAUCCUUCCUGUAAUAGUAGUGGAAAUUGUGCAAUUUAACAAUUUUGUAGGCCAACUGUAUCCCUUUUGAAAAUCACGUCUUAUUUUGAUGGUUCGUAUUUAUAAGAGCAUGUUGU